CGAUUAGUACUCCGAUGGGGCUAUACGGAAGAUAACGCAUUUUUUUUUUACAUUUGUUUAUAGUUGGUAGUGUUUUGUUUGUUUAUGGACUUUUUUUUAUUGAAAGAUGCUAAUGUCUAAAGUGCGUGUAGUAAAUUUGGCAGCGGUGAACAAAACUUUUUUAAGAAGCACUACUUCUAUAACCAAACAAAAUGCAGAAGCAAUCCAGAAUAUAAAACCGUGGAAAGAAAUCCCUGGGCCACCAGCUCUGCCUAUUGUGGGAUCUAUACUAAGUUUUUUACCUGGAGGAAAACUAUCAGGAUACAAGGGCGUUCAAUUAAAUGACAGGUUGUAUCAACUAUAUGGACCUAUAGUAAGAAUGGAAGGACUUAUGGGAGCACUCCCAAUGGUUAUGCUAUUUGACGCUGAUGCUGUUGAACAUGUCCUCCGAUCUGAAAACACAAUGCCAAUACGACCCGGCUUCCCUUCCCUGGAGUACUAUCGUAAGCAACACAACAAGACUUAUGAUCCCAAACGACAGACUGGGCUGAUAUCCGAUCACGGUGAAAACUGGAAAGAUUUUCGAUCAAAGGUAAACCACAUCAUGCUACAGCCAAAGACGAUCAAAUUGUACAAGGAUGUUCUAGAAGAUGUUGCCAGUGAUAUGGUUGCAAAAUUGAGAUCUGACAGAGAUGAAAACAACAUGAUAACGAAGAAAAUAGACUUUGAAAUGAACCUAUGGGCUUUGGAGUCUAUUGGAGUGGUAGCACUGGGGACCCGAUUAAAUUGCUUUGACCCCAAUCUACCAGCAGAUUCUCCUGCAAGGAAACUGAUACAAAAUGUACAUGAUACCUUUGAGAUUGUGGAAAAGGUUGACUUUGGAUUAAGCCCUUGGAGAUUUUUUUCGACACCGAUGUUUAAAAAAGCUAUGAAAAUUUUUGCAGAACAAGAAAGAUUAACAAAACUUUUUAUUGACCAAGCAAUAGAAAAUAUGGAUAAGUCAAAAAAUAACUCAAUUGACACUUCCAACUCAGAGAAACCCAUUUUGGAAAAGCUACUCGAGAUUGACGUUCGAGUAGCAAACGUUAUGGCAUCAGACAUGCUUAUGGCUGGAGUUGAUACGGCUGCAAACACUGCACUUGCUACAUUGUACUUUCUCGCAACAAAUCCUGAUAAACAAAAUAAGCUUAGAGAAGAAGUGUUAGCCAAGGAAACUCAGAAACCUUACUUGAGGGCCUGCAUUAAGGAGUCUAUGAGGAUGUUACCUGUAGUUAACGGGAAUAUAAGACUGGCCACUAAAGAAUACAACUUGCUGGGAUACAGGAUACCUAAAGAUGUUAUAGUAAUAUGUUCCCACCAGUACAUGUCUAAUAUGAAGGAGCACUACCCAAAACCUGAUGAGUUCAUACCAGAAAGAUGGCUGUCUGACAAAGAGAAUCCUCUUUAUCAUGGCAAUACUCAUCCCUUUGUUACCAGUCCGUUUGGUUAUGGUGUAAGGAUGUGCAUAGGUCGCCGCAUCGCAGAACUAGAGAUGCAGACAUUCAUAUCUAAAGUCAUAGAGAAUUUCGAUAUCGACUGGACGGGUGGACCCAUCAACAUCACGGCUAAUUCCCUCAACUAUAUUACAGGGCCGUUUCAUUUUGUAUUUAAAGAUUUGUAGAUUCCGAAGCCUAAUUGAGUUGGUUUAACAGAUUUUUGAAGCUUUGGUAGGAUGUGUCGUUCUGCAAUUUUGGAAGCCAAACGACGAAGUGUUGCACCAGCAGCAAUCGGCCUAACGCCCUCCAUCCUUUUUAGGUUAGGGCCUCCGCUAGCUGGCGCGGGUGCACGGAGCGGACGAGCGGUUUAACGAAAAAUAGUAUGAGCGAGGCUAACUGAAGCGGACGCGUACGGCGGAUUUCACCUACAAAUAGCACCCGCGUGCAUGCGCGUAGGCCCUUAGGUAACUUAGUUAUAUAAUUCUGGUAUUUGUUUUUUUUUUCUAGUUUUAUAAGUCAUAUAGGUAAUACAUUAUUUAUAAUGUUGACAGGCACAUUUAUGAGUACGUUUUAUAAAUGAUAUUUAAUUAAUCACUAGAACUGGUACGUUUUUCCCCCAAAAAACCGGGCUAUGAUUACGCGUACAAAACACUACCGUUUCCGUUUUUUAACACCUAUAAAUGAAAUUCUUGUGAGAUUUCUUAACAAAAUAAACGGAUGCAAUAAACUAGUUU